AUGGGAAAAAAGCAGCAGCGGGCCGCGCAGGCGGCAACGCUGAGCGAACAGAUCGAGCAGCAGGAGCAGGCCGAGCUGCUGCGCAGCGCCAAGGCGAAGGGCUUCCGCGGUCUGAGCGGGGCAGAGAAGGCCGCGGUCCGAAAGAACGAAGAGUCGACCCUGGUGCGGCAGAUGGGGUCGGUCGGCAAGACGCUGUCGGCCUGGCUGCUGGACACGCAGAGCAAGCAGAUCCGCGAUGCCAUGCGGAACCGUUGGCUGCUGCGGUGGCUCUGGCGGUACUUCAUCGAGCACCCGCUCCCGGAUGCGAAGCCGGUCGGGCUGACCGAGGACGACGUGCUCUUAGUCGACGCCCCGCAGGAGUUCAAGGACGACUUCCUGCGGCAGCGGACUGUCGAGCGGCGGCUACACAAGAGCCUCCGCAAGGACCGCUUCGGCGCCGACAAGAAGUACGUCGCGGUCACCUGCCAAUACGACGUGCUCGACUGGCUUGAGCCGGACUGGGUGUUGCACAUGAGCAGCCAGCAGCUGGCAAGGGGGCGGCUUCGACGUUUCCCCGACGGGCGACCGCCUAUUGAGCUCCAGGUCGCUCCGGUCCACCGUGGCGCCUGGGAGCUGUUUCGGCGGCAUCACUAUCUGAACACGUCGAUCCAACGCGGCGCCUCCUGCUACUGCGCGUUCUGGCCGCAGCCCUCGGGCGCCUGGGAGCCGGUCGCGAUCUCCGCGUGGUGGCGGGCCAUGAUCCGCGGCAACGUGCGGAAGGGCAUGUGCGAGCACCGAGCGGUGGUGCUGCCCGACUACCAGGGUGUGGGCAUCGGCAACCGGCUCAGCGAGUACUGCGCGAGCCUCUACGCUUCGCAGGGGAUGCGUGUCUACUCGACCACUGGUCAUCCGGGCAUGAUCCGCUACCGGGCCGCGUCGCCGCUGUCCGGUAUCCUGGCCAAGAGGUGCGAGUCGCAGGGAUUGCAUGCUAGCGCGGCCAACUCCCGCGGCCGGAUCGCGUUCGAGCCGAUUGAUUCUUAG